UCCUGUUAUGAAAUUGGCCGAAAACUCCAUAAAAUGAACACGUAUGAUUCUCGUAUGUUAGGUGUUUUAUCGUCAUGAAGUCUUUUUCUGAAGUCUCAAUCACCAGGAAUUUUAUUUUUAGUAAAAUAUCUUUCAGCUAACUUGGUUCCUCCAAUGCAAGUAUGGCUUUUUGAGGAUGAAACAACAAUGGCUGCCCUGUAUGGGCAUCCAUUAUUUACAAACUUGUAGCUGGCAUCCAGCGUUUUAUAUGUAAAUACAGCCAGCCACUUCACUGAAGAGGACCGUGCUGACCUGUCCUGUUCUUCAUUCAUAAUCAACUUUAAUUUAUUUAUUAUAUUCAUUUCCCUGUUUUCAUUUUUCCUUGUAAAAGAAACAUUUCAUUAACAUUUUAAACUGUUAACAUACUUUUAAGUCACUACUUAUCCAUAAGCAAUGCCUAUAACCUUUGAACCUGAAUGUGGCCCCAAGUGCCGCUCUAAGAACCACGCUUAUGAAAUGGUGGCAGCCAUCACCAAGGGAACACUUCAGGAGGUCCAGGCUUUCGCCCGACUGUGUUACGCUGCGGGGCACCACAAUGACAUGUUUGGGAGGUCAGCCCUCCACAUGGCUGCCUCCUGUGGUAAAGUGGAGAUCGUGGAAUGGCUGCUGGAGGAGAAAGGUGGCGACCUGACACUGAAGGACGCAGAGUCAGGGUGGACAGCCCUCCACAGAGCCUUGUUUUACGGACAGCUGGCAGUGGCUAGACUUCUUAUUCAGUACAACAGUGAUCUGUACACUCGGGAUCACCUAGGACUGAGUCCACUAGAUGUCGCGAUGAAGGACCGCCCACCUCACAUCUCGUACGAUAAAGGAGAUCUGUCAGAUGUCUAUACUUGGGGAGAUAACACCAAUUUGACCUUGGGUCAUGGUAAGGAGCAGAGGAGAGGUCACCCAGAGGUCAUUGAAGAGUUCAGAAAGAAUGGUAUCUCAGUGAAAGAGGCUGUGUUGUGUAAAUACCACUCUGUGUUUCUGACGACUGAUGGUCAGGUGUACACCUGUGGACACGGCCAGGGAGGGAGGUUAGGGCAUGGGGACGAACAGACUUAUACAGUUCCUAGGCAGGUGGAGACACUGAAAGGUCAAGUCUGUACUCUGGUCGUGGCCUCUAGAGAUCACACAGUGUUCCUCCUCACUGAUGGUUCAGUGUACUCCUGUGGAUUGAAUGAUAGUCAUCAGUUGGGACAGUCCUCAACUAUUCCUAAAUCCCUCAUCCCUAAACAGGUGACUGGUAAAAACAUUAAGGGGAAGUCUAUUAAGGGUGUGUGUGUUGGCAGAUUUCACACUGUCUUGUACACGAGUGAUGCUGUGUACACAUGUGGACUGAAUGCCGGACAGUUAGGUCACCCUAAGGGAGCAGAGAAGCAGACCCAGUUAAGACAAGUGUCCAACCUAAAUCACCCCGACAUCUCCAUCGUCAUGGUGUCGUGUUCUGACGCGGCAACUGUGUGUAUGACGACGCGUGGGGAUAUCUAUGUCCUACAUGAGUACCAAUGCAGGAAAAUCGCUACCAAAUGGCAAGAAAUCCAGAAGAUUUUGGUGUCUGGAGGAAAUUUGGACCACCUGUCUGAUCUUGAUGUCCUGAGAGAACGAGGGGGUACAGAACUACGCAUCUUACUCCUCAAUACCAGCGGAAAGGUGUUUGUCUGGCACGCCGCUAGUCCCAGUCUAAAGAGAUGUCGCUGGGCCAUCCGACGUCAGCUGACCGUGAGAGAUGUGGCUCUGAGUACCAAUAAUGUCGCCAUAGUAACAGAUUAUGGGGAGGCCUUCUUAGGCAACUUUGUGAUGAAGAAAGGAGGGAAGGAGAACACACAGCCAGCCAAAGAGCAUGAGACAAGUGACUUUGAGUUACGGUUGAUUGAUCUCCUCCUGAAGGAUGAAGCUGAGGAUGUCAUGCUUCACCGACUUCCUGAAAUCCACCGAGGGACUCGCAUCUUCAUGGAUCCAAAGGGACAUAACUUCUGUGUGAUGCAGUCCCUCCCCAACUCAUGUUUAACUGACGUCCCUAGUACCAGGCAAUCAGAAAUGGUGUUACAUUUCAGACAACUUCUAGAGGAGGCCGAUGAGUUUGAUAUGAUUCAUGACAUCAUUCUUAAGGUCAAAAGUAGGAGUUGGGCAGCUCACAAGUUUAUUCUGCUCAGUCGAUCUGACCUAUUCUACAAGCUGAUAGCAGAGGUCAAACGAAGGGCAACAGAGGAGGAACAGACCACCCUGGAUAUCCCAGACGUGAACCCCGAGAUUUUUGAGCAGAUGCUGACCUACAUAUACACUGACUCAUGUGACCUGCUGAAGGUCGGGAGUGCGUUUGAAUUCAAGUCAGUUCUCACAGAAAAAGAUUGUAAUGAGAAUGACUUUGAUGGAGAAUACUUAAGCUCAUUAAGGGGUAAAUCUGCUUUUGAAGUGACACAGAAGAAGAAAGGGAAAGAAAAGAAAAACGUAAAAACAGCAAUGGCUGAAAAAGAUCCUGUGAGACUGCUUCAAGACAUGGCUAAAAAAUUUGGAGUCAAAGGGUUAGCCAAAAGAUUGGACGGUGUUCAGUGGGUGAAUGGACAGAUACAGGGGAAAUCUAAACAACAGUCCAGGGCUCCCCUCAGAUUCGACAGAUCUAAGCUCCUGGAUCUCUGUGAUGUAACAAUUACUUCUGAUGAUGGAGUCCAGAUAAACUGCCACAAGUGUGUACUAGUAGCGAGACUGGAAUACUUCAACAGCAUGCUGAGUAGUGGAUGGGUAGAGACAAGUUCCACUCAGGCCCUGAAGUUACCUGUACCCGGGGAUUGUCUCAGAAUCCUUGUAGAUUUCCUGUACACUGACGAAGCCCCAGGUGUGACAGGCAGUGAGAAUUUAGAGUUGAUCUGUAACGUCUUAGUGAUGGCUGAUCAGCUAUUGGUGACCAGACUUGUCCAGAUUUGUGAGGUUACACUGAGUGUGCUGGUGACAAUGAAGAAUGUAGGUGAGAUGUUGGAGUUCUCCACUGUGUACAAUGCUGAACAACUUAAGGCUGUGUGUCAACAGUACAUUCUAAUCAACCUACCCGCCAUACUAGAGGGAAGGUACUUAGACAUGAUCAGUGAUGAAGUAAUGGCUGAACUUACAAGAUAUUACCAUGACAAGGUUCCAUCUAUGAGCAGACGUGUCAUCACUCCAUUUUUAGACGGUCCCUCUAAAUCCUUCCUUGAGGAGCUGAUGGAGGACACAUCACAGAUCACUGAGGCACAGACGGGGGACUCCGCGGGGAGAAAAUCAAAGUCCAGAAAGAGACGGAACAGGGUCAAAAGUGUGUCGGAGGAUGAAGGAUGGAGAGAUGGCCGAACAGAUGACAGGAGAGAGAGAAGGACAGACAGACAGAUCUCCAUCAGCUCUGAGAAAAGUCUGGUGUCAGAUGAGGAGGAGGAACAAAAGCUGGCAGUCAGUCCCUGUGAAGUCAAGGAGUUAACAAGCAAACCUUCAGAAUCAAUAAAUAUUCCUACAACAAAAAGUCAUCAGCUAGAGUCACAUCAUGGAUCCUGGACAGCUGCACCAAAAAGUCCACUGGUCUCCCCUGGGAGUUUCUCAGAAAAAUCCUUUGCUACAUCACCCCCAGGAAUUAGUCUCAAAGAAAUCAUGGAAGAGGAAAAAUCCAGUCAGCAACAAAAAGUUCAGCUCAAAAACAAGAAGUUCUCUUGGAAAGAUGUGAAGAGACAGCAGAACCAGGAGAGGAAAUCACAGAAUAAAAUCAGGGAGGGAAGUCAGGAGCCCCAGCCCCUCCCCGUCCCCCAGGGGGCUCCACACACACCCACAGCCAAAUCAGCAUGGGGAGGUAUGAGUCAGACAGUGACUUCCUUCAGAGAUCUGAUAACAGAGGACAGGAACCAGAGCUCUCAGACAAAACAACAUGCUACAAUGACUACUCCCCAGAAAACGCACAAACAUGUCCUCAGUUGGGGACUCCCCCAGACUUCAGGGCCACAGAAGCCCCCCGGUCAGAGGUCAGUGGAUGAGUCCCCUGCUACCAGCCCCCAGUCUGUAGACAACCCCUGGAGCCGGGCCCCGAGCGUCCAGUCCCCCACAGCGGCCUCGGUCAGCUUCUCUGACAUUGUCCAGGACGAGAUUCAGAAACGAGAGAGUCUCGCGCAGGUGACCAGUAAACCACUGGGGCUGAUACAGAUAGAAGAGCUGGCCAUACAGGAAUUACUACAGCAUUACAAGGCUACAGACAACACAGAGGAACACAUCACAGUAGAGAGGGUACCCAGGGAGAUGGCCACUCCACUGUGGACCUCCAAAUCUAAAUCUGUCUCGCUCCAGUGACCGCGCUACACAAAACAGCAGAGAGGAUACCCAGGGAGAUGUCUAGCCCUCCUAUUGAUCUUCAUUUCUUAGUUUGUUUUGUUCUAGUGACUGUUUUUGAAUGUUAUUUUAAAACAUGCCAAUGAACUGCCAAUAAAACAUAAGUGCUACAUGAUUGUGUAUAAAGUUAUCAAUCUGUGAAAACUGACA